GAGACAGUGACCUUUGAGGAUGUGGCUGUGAACUUCACUGUGGAGGAGUGGACUUUGCUUGAUCCACCUCAAAAGAGACUCUACAGAAAUGUGAUGAAGGAAACUUUUAGGAACAUGGCUGCUAUAGGAAGAGUCUUGGGUAACCAGGAAGUUGAAGAAGAGUAUAAAAAUUACUGGAGAAACCUAAGAAAUGAAGAUGUUGAGAAAUGCUAUCAAAAUAAAUGCUGGAAUCAAUAUGAAGAAAUGUUCCUUUGGAUGCCAGAUGCUGAUAUGGACAUGAAACUGGCUGGUUUAAAGCCAGAUGAAGACCUUACUUGUGGAAAUCCCUUGAUUGGACCUUUGUUCCAAAAUGUGCCCAUCAUACCUCACACUGAACUGAAAAUGUCUGAGUAUUUGGGAUCAGAAGAGGAGCUGUAUAAAUGUAAUAAACAUGCAAGGCCUUGUGAUUUACAGUCCUUUCAUAUGGAUGUAAAGACAAAGACUAGAGAAGAUAUCCAUGAAUAUGAUCAAUGUGGGAAAUCCUGCACUCAUCUUACAGAGAAGAUCUUUGUGUGUAACAAAAACUUGAAAGCCUCCGGCACACCCAAUAUUGGUCACAUCCAUGAAAGAAGUCUCAUUGGGGAAAAACGCUUUGUAUGUAAGCAAUGUGGGAAAGCUUUUACUACACAAUAUUAUUGUAAUAUACAUGAAAAAACUCACAGUGGUGAAAAGCCCUAUGUAUGUAAGCAAUGUGGCAAAACUUUUAGUACACAAGUUUCUUGUCAAAGACAUGAAAAAAUUCACAGUGGGGAGAAACCCUAUCUAUGUAAGCAAUGUGGGAAAGGUUUCAGGAGGCAUAGUGAUUGUAAAGUGCAUGAGAGAAUUCACACUGGAGAGAAACCCUAUGUUUGUAAACAAUGUGGGAAAGCUUUCGGAAGGCACAGCCACUGUAAAAGACAUGAAAGAAUUCACAGUGGAGAGAAACUCUAUGUAUGUAAGGAAUGCGGGAAAACUUUUAGUACACAAAGUUCUUAUCGAGGACAUGAAAGAAUUCACAGUGGGGACAAACCCUAUGUAUGUAAGCAAUGUGGAAAAGCUUUUACUGUGAGAAAAUCUUGUGAAAAACAUGAAACAAUUCACACUCGGAAAAAAAGCUAUGUAUGUAAGCAAUGUGGGAAAGCUUUUAGCACACAGAAGUGUUGUGAUAUACAUGAAAGAAUUCACAGUGGGGAGAGGCCCUAUGUAUGUAAGCAAUGUGGGAAAGCUUUUACUACUCAAAAGUAUUGCAAAAUACAUGAACGAGCCCACAGUGGGGAGAAACGCUUUGUAUGUAAGCAGUGUGGGAAAACUUUUACUUCACAAAGAUUUUGUCAAAGACAUGAAAGAACUCACAGUGGGGAGAAACGCUAUCUAUGUAAGCAAUGCGGGAAAGCUUUCAGGAGGCAUAGUGAUUGUAAAAUACAUGAAAGGAUUCAUACUGGAGAGAAACCCUAUCUAUGUAAACAAUGUGGGAAAGCUUUCAGAAGGCAUAGUCACCGUAAAAGACAUGAAAGAAUUCACAGUGGAGAGAAAUGCUAUGUAUGUAAGGAAUGUGGGAAAACCUUUAGUACACAAAGUUCUUGUCAAGGACAUGAAAGAAUUCAUACUGGGGACAAACCCUAUGUAUGUAAGCAAUGUGGAAAAGCUUUUACUGUGAGAAAAUCUUGUGAAAAACAUGAAACAAUUCACACUCGGGAAAAAAGCUAUGUAUGUAAGCAGUGUGGGAAAGCUUUUAUCACACAAAAGUGUUGUGAUGUACAUGAAAGAAUUCACAGUGAGGAGAGGCCCUAUGUAUGUAAGCAAUGUGGGAAAGCUUUUACUACUCAAAAUUACUGUCGCAUUCAUGAAAAAACUCACACUGAGGAGAAGUCCUAUGUAUGUAAGCAGUGUGGGAAAGCUUUUAGCACACAGUAUUAUUGUUAUGUUCAUGAAAAAUCUCACAGUGGGGAAAAACCCUAUGUGUGUAAACAGUGUGGGAAAGCUUUCACUACACAAGCGUAUUGCAAAAUACACGAACGAGCCCACAGUAGGGAGAAACGCUUUGUAUGUAAGCAGUGUGGGAAAACUUUUACUUCACAAGGUUUUUGUCAAAGACAUGAAAGAACUCACAGUAGGGAGAAACGCUAUCUAUGUAAGCAAUGCGGAAAAGCUUUCAGGAGGCAUAGUGAUUGUAAAAUACAUGAAAGGAUUCAUACUGGAGAGAAACCCUAUCCAUGUAAACAAUGUGGGAAAGCUUUCAGAAGGUACAGUCACCGUAAAAGACAUGAAAUAAUUCACAGUGGAGAGAAACGCUAUGUAUGUAAGGAAUGUGGGAAAACUUUUAGUACACAAAGUUCUUGUCAAGGACAUGAAAGAAUUCAUACUGGGGACAAACCCUAUGUAUGUAAGCAAUGUGGAAAAGCAUUUACCAUGCGCAAAUAUUGUAAAAAACAUGAAACAAUUCACACUUGGGAAAAAAGCUAUGUAUGUAAGCAAUGUGGGAAAGCUUUUACUACUCAAAAUUACUGUCGCAUUCAUGAAAAAACUCACACUGGGGAGAAGUCCUAUGUAUGUAAGCAGUGUGGGAAAGCUUUUAGCACACAGUAUUAUUGUUAUGUUCAUGAAAAAUCUCACAGUGGGGAAAAACCUUAUGUGUGUAAGCAAUGUGGGAAAGCUUUCACUACACAAGCGUAUUGCAAAAUACAUGAACGAGCCCACAGUGGGGAGAAACGCUUUGUAUGUAAGCAGUGUGGGAAAACUUUUACUUCACAAGGUUUUUGUCAAAGACAUGAAAGAACUCACAGUGGAGAGAAACCCUAUGUAUGUAAGCAAUGUGGGAAAGCUUUUAGUACACAAGGUUCUUGUCAAGGACAUCAAAGAAUUCAUAAUGGGGACAAAACCUAUGUAUGCAAUGUGGAAAAGCUUUUACCAUGCGCAAAUCUUGUGAAAAACAUGAAAUAA